GUGGACCCCUUCAACAUCUCCUUCUCUCCCCUCACACUCCGUCUCGCUGCAUGACUCAAGGGUCUCCUUCGUACAACUGACGAUUCAUGACGGCCCACGAUAUAAUUGUCCCUUGACGACCGCCCACACCCCGGGGUUUUCCUCGCAUCCAUGCAAUAGGGACCUCGCGCCCACGGGUUCUCGCAGCAAUGGCUCCCGGUGAGGGAACGCAGCAAAAACGGGAUUUUUCCGAAGAAGCAACCUCACCUGGGGACCCUGCAAACGACCAGAACAAAAAGCGACGGACGACAGGGUCGAGCUCGCGCGGUGUCGCAAACCUCACCCCCGACCAGUUGGCAAAGAAGCGUGCCAAUGACCGCGAGGCCCAGCGGGCUAUUCGAGAGAGGACGAAAAAUCAAAUUGAGAGUCUCGAGCGGCGGAUUCGCGACUUGACGUCGCAGCAGCCGUACCAGGAAUUGCAGCAUGUGCUGCGGCAGAAGGAAGCUGUUGAAGCGGAGAACACAGAUAUUAAGAAGCGGUUGGCUUCAGUGCUAGCUUUGAUCCAACCAAUUCUGGGACAACAUGGUCUCGAAAUCCCACAGUACUCUUCUCCUGUGCAGCCGUACGUCCACACUCGACCUGGCUCAUCCUCGAAUCACAAUGACUCGACAUCGAACAGUGCAGCUUCUCCUGCCCCUCCCACAGCACCUCAAUGGCAAGCUCCCAGUGCGCCAAUGGGCCACGAUCCUCGGGCCUAUCCCCCAAAUCAAACUGCCCAGACACAACAAUUAAUGAAGCAGAAGCACGAUAUGGCACAUAAUCUGGACAUGGGCCCCGAGAGACUGGGGUUGGAUUUUUUACUCGAUGGCACUCAACGGAUAAACAAAAUUCCAAAUGGGAUAAAUGGGACACCAGAACCAAGCUAUCGACAUAUUCUUCGAGCGUCGGAUAGGGGAAGUCCUGCACACCAUAGAAGCAAUUCUAUGGGUAGCCAUUCCAAUUACAAUCCCGGGACACCCAAUGCUGAAAUGAUGGGACACGCAGCACCUAUACGGAACGGACCUCCAACCUGUCCAUUGGAUUCUCUACUUUUGGACUUUCUCCACGAACGACAGCAACAAGCCUCUGAAGGUGUUUCAACCCCCCAGCUUGUUGGACCAGCGUAUCCAAGCGUGUCCUCGCUCCUCAACCCCGCUCGGAGCGUCAACUCCCACCCACUGUCCAAAGUAUUUACAGACAUUCUAGCAACCUUUCCAGAUCUGUCCACUCUUCCCGAGAAAGUAGCAGUCCUGUACGUCAUGUUCCUCGUGAUGCGCUGGCAAAUCGCUCCCACGCAAGAGAACUACGACCGUCUCCCCGAAUGGUUUACGCCUCGGCCCUCCCAACUCUUCACCUCCCAUCCAGCUUGGAUCGACCACCUGCCCUGGCCCAAGAUGCGAGACCGCCUUGUACGAGACUACAACCCGCGAGACUACCUUUUUGAUAACUUCUUUAUCCCAUUUACGACGACCCUGAGCCUGAAUUGGCCGUAUGAGCCUACGGAUACGCUACUGAGCAGUCCCGAGAGUGAUGAAUUGAUGAUUAACCCCGUUUUUGAGCGGCAUUUGAGGAGGUUGGAGAAUUGGAGCUUGGGGCCUACAUUUGCUAAAGCGUUUCCGGGGUUGCAGGAUACGUACAGGCUAAAGACUGAGGGUGAUAGGCGAUAGCAAGAGAAAGUUUUAUGAGUAUACGUGAUAAGAUAAGGGUCACGAGCUGGGCCGGGAGGCAAAAACGGGAAGAGGCAAAUAUAUGUCUUCGGAUGGCUGGGAAAAUGGGAAGGAAUGGGAAGCGCAGCAUUGUACUAUAAUGGUGUUCUCGGUUUAAAAGGAAGGCAUUGGGUGGUUCAGUUACUGCUUCAGUACUGCCGCAAGAUUUCUGCAUGGCAACUGUUUAGAACAUGGCUGUCAUCUCCGCGAGGAUAUGGCGGAUCGGCGUUUUGAAAUUAGCUUUGUCUGUUUGGGAUAUCCAUAGAAACACUCAUUACGAUGCGUGAAUAUGAUCACGUUGUUGCACUUCUCGCACGGUACGCAAUUCGAGAGAUUUUGGGUCUCCUAAUACAACUGAAG